UUUAUUUUUCAGAGUUGUCUAUAAAGACGUGAAAGCAAGCAAAGUGACAUUCCUGACUCAGCUGUGGGUGCAGUGAGCUGGCGUUGGCGGGCCCCGGUUUGGACAGUUUAUUUCUCCCUGUGCCAAACUAAAUGGGAGGGACAGUAAUUAGCAGCUAUUAAAAGCGUUCACGCGGAGGCCAGCCGGUGUUUUGUCAACAGGUUCUUGCAGCCAGAAAACAUGAGGGAAUGUGGGUGUUGGUGAUCAGGGUUUGUCCUUGCUGUUUGUCAUGUCAACAAGACAAUAACGUCAUUGUUUUGGGUCAUCUAUGAUGCCACGAUUCUUCCCCAGACUCGAUUCCUAACGAACUCUUAACGCAGUCGGCUGAGGACCGCGAGGCCCGGGUCCCGCCCUCUUCCCUGUGCGAUGCCGAAGAGCGACACGUGGCCAGGCGGCGUUGCCAUGCAAUCCGCGAGCAAUCUGGACAGCGCCGGGAGCUGCGACAGUGUGAUCAGCGCCAACUCCGGCUACAGUCAAGACAGCAUGGAGCACUUAUCUCCAGAAGAAAGGGCGUGCCUCAUGUAUUUGGAGGAGAUGAUCGAUGGGCUGGAGGUGCAGGAGGACAGCGGAUUGUCCAACGAUGAGUCAGAUCCUCCGUUCCAGGCGGGCAGGGGAGCAAAUGACGUUUCCAGUUUAAGGUCUGAUGCGUCCGGAGAAGAUGAGACAUCCCAGUUUGGAUCCAGAGCGUUCUUCCCCGAAGACCGAGCGGAGCAUCGCGCUCCGAAUCCGACCUCGGCAUCACCGAUGAGCGCGAUGACUCAACCCAAACCGCCCGCUCCGGAUUUUAAAAAACACCCGUUAGCUUCUCAGUUGUGUGUAUCCCAAAACGGAGACGGCCACCUUCAGAUCGUCCCGAUCGUCGGUCUUUGUCCCGGCCCGUCCGACGAGGCCUCUGCGAUCGACGUGAUCCAGCCUCCCUCGGACUUCAUGGAUGAGCCGGACCUUCCGCUGCCUCCGACAAUAUCCGAUGAGCCCGCAGCAGCAGCAGCUGUGGACUUGGAGCAGCUACGCCAGAGAGCCCUUGUGAAGAGAAACACCGUGAGCUCAUCUCUGACCCCGAAUCAUCCGAACCCGCCUCGAAAACGGAGUCUUCCGGUCCUCGGCUCGGAUCUCCCGAUGAGCGCUCCUCCCGAAGCGCUCCGUAGUCCGCCCGCCGUGUACCCUAAGCCCAAGAAGCUUCCCGCCAACAUCAUUCUGAAGUCGCACAAGGGGACGGUGACCAUCUCCGAAGACAACUCUGGACAUUCGGUGCCCACUCUCAGUGAGCGGCUCUCGCUGGACCCCCAGAGGGUCCACGUCGAGGCCCUCAGAAAGCUCGGCCUGCUGAAUGCAGACGCAGAUUCAGGACCCGCCCUGAGCCCCAUCCUUUCUCUCAAACCCAGGAAGUCAUGGACCGGUCCUCUUUCUCCAAUCGGCCCGAGGUCGCCGCACACGCUGACCUUCACGCCGCCGCACCCCUCCGCCUACAGACCCCCUCCUGCCUCCCCCACGGCGUCACCGUCCGCUACCUCCUCGGCUCGGGCGGUCCUGCCGGCACCUCCUGAUUUCGGUGACUCGGAUAAUAAACCGCCCGCCGAUGCAGACGCCUCAGAGCGCCCUCGCACCCCUACCACCCUGGUCCAUCAUCUAAUGUCACCAAAGGUCGCCGGUGUCAAAUCGGCCACCCUGGAGCGCUCCGGUCUGGGUCUAAGCGACUACAUGGCGAGCCAAGACUCCACCGACGCCGCCGCUUCCAUCCUGCUGCAUCGGAAUAGGGCGCGCCCGGCUUCUCUGGGGAACCAGAAUGAGUUUGCGAGCGCGGUGCGAGAGGGUCCGCCGGGGGACCGAGUCGCCAGCAGACUGCCCGAGAUCCGGAGGUCCCUGCCGGCCCAAUCCGGAGGCUCUCCGAAGCUGCCCCGAUCGCAAGGGAUCAGCGUCCUGAUCUGCCCGCGUGCAGAAAACGGAGGAGAGCGCCGCGAGGCCCUGAAGAAGCUGGGGCUGCUCAGGGACUGAGGCGGCCCACGGACGCCCUGUUUGGAAGUCUAUAUCUUUAAAGGAACAACAACGGAGAUUAACACAGGAUUGAUGAAGGCAACGCAACGCUUUAGGGAAGCAGCGUAACCACAUAAUUUCCGCAUUUUUCGUUCUUUUGUCCGCGUUGAGCGUGAAACCGCCUCGUGCGCCUUGACUGUCGAACCCACACUUGUUCCUCAUAUCCUGCAGCCAAGCGUCGUUUUGUUUUCCUCCUCGUGAAACUGUCAAUCAAGAACUUCUUGGAUAUUCACUGACGCUCUCUGUCUGUGCGGAUGUGGUUUUUAAAUUAAAAAUGCUGUCACUUUUAAAA